GAGCAGGAGCAGCAGCAGCGGAGCAGGACGGCUGCGGCCGGGCAGGAGGAUGCAGCCGGACAUCCCCGUCGGCAGCGCGGCUCUGCGCGGCCGGCCGGCCCCCGACAGCCCCUUCCCCGGCCCCUCUCCGCCAGCCGUCCCCGAGGCCACCAAGCCGCCCUACAGCUACAUCGCCCUCAUCACCAUGGCCAUCCAGAGCACGCCGGAGAAGCGCAUCACGCUCAGCGGCAUCUACCGCUACAUCAUGGGCCGCUUCACCUUCUACCGCGAGAACAAGCAGGGCUGGCAGAACAGCAUCCGCCACAACCUCUCGCUCAACGAGUGCUUCGUCAAGGUGCCCCGCGACGACAAGAAGCCGGGCAAGGGCAACUACUGGACGCUGGACCCCGACUGCUACAACAUGUUCGAGAACGGCAGCUUCUUGCGCCGCCGCCGGCGCUUCACCAGGAAGAGGGGCCUCCGGGACGCGCCGGGCGCCGAGGGGGACGAGGGGCGCAGAAAGCCCCCCAAGCCCCGCUCACGGGGGCCGCCCGCUGCCCUGCCAGCUGAGGAGGGGAAGGCGGAGGGCGGCUUCGCCCCACCGGUGGCCGCCAGACGCCUGCUGGGCCCCCCCGAGCUGGCCGACGAUGCUGGUGGAGGAGUGCCGGGGUGCCCCGAGCCCUGCGCCCGGCGGCCCCCCCCUGGGGCCAGGCAGCCCUGCCUGUACCUGCCGGACGCGCCGCAGCCCAAGGGGCCGUUCUUCGCCAAGGAGCCGUGCUGCCCGCCGCAUGGGGCCCCCCCGGAGAGCCGGCCACCGGCCCCCCCCCAGCCCAAGGAGACUGCCUUUGGGGGGCUCCCGGCGGCUCUGCAGCUGCCCCGGCCAGGUCAGUACCCGGUGCCCGGCGAGCGCCCGGCGCAGCACCGUGCCCUGCUGCCCGCCGAGCCCAGGGACCCCGCGCAGGACUCCCCGGCCCCCACCGCGUCCCCACGGGGCGAGCUGGAGUGCAAGGAGUCGGCGGCCCCCACCUUGGGGCUGGGCCAGCCCUUCGGGCAGGUGCCCCCCAUGUUCCCCAGCGCCCUCCUGGGUGCGGGCAAGCCCCCCGCGCCCUGCUUCCUUGACGGCGAUGGCUACAAGCAGCCGCCCGUGCCCGUUUUCGGCUCCUUCGGCCGCUCGGGGCCCGAGGCGCUGGGCGGCAGCUACCAGUGCCGGGUGCAGGCGCUGAGCUUCUGCGUGAACGAGCGGCCCUGCGGCGCGGCGCUGGAGCAUCUCCUGGCCGCGGCCCCCGCUGCGGCCCCCCCUGCCCCCCGCCAGACACCCUUCGGGGCCGCGGGGCCACGGGCAGGCGAGCAGAAGGAGUCGUGGGGCGCGGGGGGAGCGAUCCCGCUGCAGGGGGGCAGCGGCUACCCCUUGGGGCUGCCCCACUGCCUCUACCGGACACCCGGCAUGUUCUUCUUCGAGUGACGGACUGGUUCCCCCCCCCCACAGCCCCCAGCACCGUGCGGGGCCCCAGCGGCGGAAUAAAGCACAUUCGCCCA